GUUCCCGCAUCGCUCCUCACUAGCUCGAGUCCUCUCUUCAGGUAGCCAUGGCGGCCGUGAUGAAGCUCGACACCCUUGGUUAUGCAGCCAGGAUGUUCAGCAGGCGUUUGUUGGACGAGCAGUUCCAGCAGCUGCUUCUGCUCCAGGAUGGGAGCGAAGAGAAUCUCGUUGCCAAGAUCGUCACCCUCUUCUGCCAGGAAGCCGAGCGGAUCAUUGGCGAGCUCUCUAUGCAGCUGGACAGGCCAUGUGUGAACUUCGAAGAGGUGGCUGCUUUUGCGGAUAAGCUUGAGGGGAGCAGUGCAUGGUGA